UUUAUUAUUAAAAGUAAAUAGGCUAACUGUCAUAAUAUGUUUCUGGUUAUAGAAAUCAGGUUAAUGCAUUCACAUGAUUCCACAAUACGACCACUUUCCGUUAAAUAUCAGAAUAUUCUUGAGUAUAUAAACUAAUUUAAAGAAUAGCAAAAUAAUAAAAAAUGAACUACAUUUUAUUUUUCAUUUGACCAAGAAAAAAAUAUUGCAUUCCCACAUUGUAGCCUGUAAUAUUUCACUGUCUCAGACUUUGCUAGGGAGGUGGGGUAAAAGAGGACAAUUACUUUGGCCUAGAUAAAGCUUUGCAGAGCCCUCUUAACACAGAUCUCUCUGCUAUGAAGAUACAUGUUACUUAGAGAAAUAGACAACACAAGCCCACUCUCUACUUCCUUACGAGUACUAUUCAGUAUUUAUUUAUAUUUUUAAUGAACACCAUGAUCUACAAGAAACAGUGGAUAGUGAAUUGUCAAUGAGCAGUUCUGAUCUGAAGGCUAUAACUCCUCCCAGUCAUUAGUCUUCACUCACCAUAUCUGUCAGCUAUUUAAAACCACAACUGACACAUGCAGGAGGUCAAAAAUAGUCAGCCCUUCAGGGCUAAAAAUUCCUAAGCCACAAGUGAACCGUGGUGGAGGUAUCGUUUAAAAAGAUCAUGCUUUUAACAAGAACUAUCCCCAGAGAAAAGGACAAUAAACACUGAGGAAAAUAUUCUGCUUGAAUAAAAAACUGUCAAAAUGGCAGCAGUUUUGGGUCAGUUUAUGGAAUUCCAUUCAGUUCACGGGACAAAUGUGAGACUGGACCCCUCGAGGACUCAAGCCACCCGAGUAGAAAGUUUUGCAAAUGGUGUCUGCUUCAGUAGAGGCCCUUUAAGCCCUGGAGAGAUCUUCCUAGUGGAGAUAGAAGAGAAAGAACUGGGUUGGUGUGGUCAUUUAAGGAUCGGACUUACUGCCCACGACCCUCGGACACUGGAAACUGUGCCAGAAUACUCUCUGCCUGAUCUAGUGGAUAUGGGAGACAGCUGGGUAUUUGCAAUAACAAGAAAUCAUAAUAAAGUCAUUGAAGAAGAAGGAGAAGGUGGUGAACAGCCAAAUGUUGGUGAUGAGGCAGAAAACAAGCCUAAAACAUUUUUCACAGACACUCACCUGUAUAUAGAAAACAUAGGCAUACCCAGAGACAAGUUGGUGGGACGCAGUCGACCCGGGAGAUUCAGUCACAUCCUGGAUGAUCUGUAUAAAACCAACGCUCUACCCCCCACGGCCCGUCGCAGUCGGAUAGGGGUUGUCUAUGUACCUAAGGGACAAGGGUGUGCCGACAUGCACAUUAUUGUCAAUGGUGAAGACAUGGGAGCCUCUGCAAAGAGCAUCCCCACCAAUAAGCCGCUGUAUGCUGUUGUGGAUGUAUUUGCAGCUACUAAAUGUGUUCGGAUUGUCCAGGUGGAAUAUGGAUUUGCCUCACUGCAGACACUCUGCCGAAAGACAAUCCAGAAACACAUCAUUCACAGAAUGGCUUUGGACUGGUUGGAACUUCCUGAGUUACUUAAACACUAUUGUAAAUAUGAGUGAGCAUAACCUAUUAAACAUCUGAGCAGAAAAGGUCUUUAAAACUAAAUGUGGCUGUAUUGUUUUUUUUUUCUUCGCCCACCUUUACAUAUCUAUGAAAUAAAAAAUAAAUGUUCUUCAAGGCUUGUAGCACUUACAGUGUUGCUCAAACUUGCAUUUCCAGUAAUACUUCAGUGAACUGUGAUUCUUAUAUUCUCAUGGCUAAAAUGAUCUUUCAGCGAGCCAUAAAUGCAUAUUAGCCAUGUAAAGCCUGGCAUAUUGAAUAAUAGUAGUCCAAAUAAAUGUUUAUUACAGUUUAGAAUCUUAGACUGAAUCUUUAGAUAAAAACGUGAAAAUAUUUUUUUGUUUUAUGUUUUAUAUUUGUAUGUGAUACAUCAGGGUUUUAUGGCAUAAACUGAUAUAGUAAGAAAAAGACCUCAUACUCGAGGAGGAGGAAAAAAACACAGAAUUCUGAUAGCUGUAAAUCACUGAGAUCUUAACAUACAUACAUAAAUACAUAUAAAUAUCUGUUGUCACUCUACCUAUAUCUCCUAAUACGGGCCUAUAUGUCUUAUUAAGAUUAUUAUUAGAAAUAUUGUUUAGAAAUAUUAAUUAAUUAUUUAAAAUAAUAAAAGUUCUGUGGUUUUAUUGUGGGGGGAACCUUCUUUAUGCAAUGCAAUGCACU